AUGAGCUCCGGACUCCUCUUGGCCUUCGCAUGCCUCGGUGUCCUCUCCCAGAGGGUGCGUGUCCAGGGGGGCCAGCUCCGCACGGAGGUGGGCAGGAGCGACAAGCUCUCCCUGCCUGGCUUUGACAACCUCACGGCCGGCUACAACAAAUUUCUCAGGCCCAAUUUUGGUGGAGCUCCGGUUCAGAUCGCACUGACUCUGGACAUUGCCAGCAUCUCCAGCAUUUCAGAGAGCAACAUGGACUACACGGCCACCAUCUACCUCCGCCAGCGCUGGACAGACCCACGGCUGGUAUUUGAAGGCAACAAGAGCUUCACCCUGGACGCCCGCCUGGUGGAGUUCCUCUGGGUGCCCGACACGUACAUUGUGGAGUCCAAGAAGUCCUUCCUGCACGAGGUCACCGUGGGGAACAGGCUCGUCCGCCUCUUCUCCAACGGCACGGUCCUGUAUGCCCUCAGAAUCACAACCACUGUUACCUGUAACAUGGAUCUGUCCAAAUACCCCAUGGACACACAGACCUGCAAGCUGCAGCUGGAGAGUUGGGGCUACGAUGGGAGCGACGUGGAGUUCACCUGGCUCCGGGGUAACGAUUCUGUGCGCGGCCUGGAGAACCUGCGGCUGGCCCAGUACACGGUGCAGCGCUACUUCACCUCGGUCGCCACGUCCCAGCAGGAGACCGGAAAUUACACGCGGCUGGUCUUGCAGUUUGAACUGCGGAGAAACGUGUUGUACUUCAUCCUGGAAACCUACGUCCCCUCCACUUUCCUGGUGGUGCUGUCCUGGGUCUCCUUCUGGAUCUCCCUCGACUCUGUUCCUGCAAGAACCUGCAUCGGGGUGACCACAGUGCUGUCCAUGACCACGCUGAUGAUCGGCUCCCGCACGUCCCUGCCCAACACCAACUGCUUCAUCAAGGCCAUCGACGUGUACCUGGGCAUCUGCUUCAGCUUCGUGUUCGGAGCCCUGGUGGAGUAUGCCGUUGCGCACUACAGCUCCUUACAGCAGGUGGCAGCCAAAGACAGGGGGGCGGAGAAGGAGGUGGAGGAAGUCAACAUCACCAACAUCAUCAACAGCUCCAUCUCCAGCUUCAAGGGGAAGAUCAGCUUUGCCAGCAUCGAGAUUUCUGGUGACAACAUCGACUACAGCGACCUGACCAUGAAGGCCAGCGACAAGUUCAAGGUCAUCUUCCGGGAGAAAGUCGGCAGGAUUGCAGAUUGCUUCACCAUUCGGAACCCCAGCAACGUGGAUCGCUAUUCGAAGCUCCUAUUCCCUUUGAUUUUUAUGCUGGCCAAUGUGUUUUACUGGGCGUACUACAUGUAUUUUUGA